UAUGUCUCAACCCUAGCUCCAAGCACUGGUAAUCGUUAACCGCCACAUCAAGAGGCUCUACAUUAAAAAAAGUUUGACAUAAAUGCCAAUCCCAACAUCACGUGAUCCUCUGUGUUUACAGAUGAAAUUAUAAGCUAGCGAUGCUGACAGUUGACAGACUCCGAAGGAAUGAGACGAUCUGUAAGCUAAGUUUCACUGUUCAUUCUUAUUUGUAUUUUUGGUUGCGGUUUUUACAUUUUGGCUGCCACUUGUGCCAUUUUAUUUCUAAAUUAUUUCCCAUAGCAGAAAAAUGGAUGAGGUUGGGUUCCAGGCAAUAGAGUCUGACACCAAGCUAUUUGAACUUGAUAACACCUCUUGGAAACUCAGUUUCAAAUGUGAGACCGAUGAAAACACAAACAACGCAGUUUUGGAUGGAAUUCCAGUUCCAGAAAUUACAGAUCAAAUAAAAAUUAAACAAGAGACUGAUGAUUAUUUUGUAGACGAACUAGCUUCUAGGACUGCAAUAUCUAUGUGUACAGUUAACGAGCACAAUUAUGGUAAGGUUUGGAUCAAAAGUGAGGAGGAAGAGAUGCAGGACGAACAUUGUCUUGAUGACAGCAACAAUUACCCAGUUAUGGAAAUAACAGAGGAAAUCAUCAUCAAGGAUGAGUGUAAUGAUGAUAAUAUUUUCUUAGAUGCUACAGUUUCUAAUAGUGCUUUAAAUCAGAAAUUCCCGAUGAAGCAACGAGCUGUGGUUGACAAAAAACCAAACUCCGAGUCGUUUUUUUGUAAAAAUUGCAAUUAUUCAGCCAAAUAUGAAUAUCUUCUGAUUAGUCAUAUGAAAGAACAUAGAAAUCAGAAUCGUAAAAACAUGCACGGUUCUAGCUAUAAACGUUGUAAGCAUUGUGAGGCAAAUUUCAGAACCAAAGCAAGUCUAGAUGAUCACGUGAUUAGAAAACAUGCUAAUUUUGUUGCAUCCGUUUCUAAUAAAAUAUAUGAAUGUCCAUAUUGUGAACAUAAAACAACCCAUAAAAGUAACCUUUAUGCACAUUUGUCAAAACACUCAGAAUUAUUAUUCAGUAUAUGUAUUCACUGUAAUGCGAAACUCAAAAGCACUCAGAGAUUGAAUGAUCAUAUAGUCAGGAAACAUCCUGAGUUUAUUGCCUCCGUUUCUGCUAAAAUACAUGAAUGUAAACAUUGUAAAUUUAAAACAACUAUGAAAUCUGAUUGGGUUAGACAUAUUAUAUUGAAACAUUCAGAGACAGUAGAUGAUUAUAAAUUCAACGUAUGUAUUCACUGUAAUGCGAAAUUUAAAAGCGCAAGGCCAUUGAAUGACCAUAUAGUCAAGAAACAUCCUGAGUUUAUUGCGUCCGUUCCUGCCAAAAAUACAUCAAUGUAAACAUUGUGAAUAUCAAACAACUAUAAACGCCAGUUGGGCUAGACAUAAGUUGACACAUCCAGAGACAGUUCCUCAUAUGCAUUCACUGUGAAGCAACAUUCAAACAUAAAACAGGACUGAACAACCAUAUAAUCAGGAAACAUCCCGACUUUAUUGCAUCCGUUUCUAGUAAAAUACAUGCAUAUAAAACUACCAAAAAAGCAGGAUCUAUAGACAUAUGUCAAAGCACGCAAACUUAGUUGAUAAUUAUAAAUUUAGUAUAUGUAUUCACUGUAACGCGAAAUUCAAAAGCAAAUGGACCCUGAAUAAUCAUAUAGCCACGAAACAUAAAGAUUUUAUUGCAUCUGUUUCUGCUAAAAUACAUGAAUGUACAUGGUGUCAAAUAUGCAUUAUCUGCCCAGAGAGGGAAUGCAAGAUAAAGGGAUGCGGGCGGGAAAUGGCGAUGUACGAAAUUUUGCAUGGAAUAUUAGUUGUUGGGCUAUAACUUGAAAUAUUGUAAAUUCGUUGAAAAUAUUAUUGAGCGCACGAAAGCAUUCUUUUCGAAACGUAAACAGUGACCGCAUAUUUUUUUCAAAUAAAUAGCUAUAUAAGCUAAAGUUAUGAAAAUGCUCAGAAUCUGAUAAGCUGUCUCGUUUGGCAACACUGUUGAGUAAACGGUACCUAAAGGGAACUUAAUAAAAGGAUCUGACCGCGAACGACAGCUUGUCAUACAAUAUAUCGCCCCACCUUUCCUGGUUUCUGUGAUACUAUUACGAGCUUACGACCCUUACCGUUCCCCUCUUGCAUCCUUUUGUUGGGCAGGUAAUAGUACUAUUUAUAGUGCUGAGGAUCUUCAUUCUCAAAAAUGUUAUUUCGUGUAUGUUUUAUUUGUUUAUUUUUGUAUAUAUAGUUUAAUAAAAUAUUUUUACUA